AUGUAUGAUUUUGCGCUGCGACACAAGCUGCUGCGCCAGUUUCUGGGCACAUCGGGCCAAAGCCUGCCCAGUGACAGGAGGAAGUUCUCUACUGUCCCUGCAAGGCACCAGCAGCACCAGCAGGAGCGCAAUGCUGACAUCAUUGCACACCUGAAGAGGCCCCAGCGGGCACAGAACCUGGAGGAAGCGCAGCGGCUGAACAGCAUGCACGAGUGGCCGGUGAUAGCAUUCCGGCCGGACGGUAGCGUGGAGCAGGCGGUGCAGACGUCUGAGACGCUAGGAUUGGCGCCGCGGGACGUGUCGCUGUUCGCGCCGCGGCCGGCGGGGCUGUCCAGUCAGCGCGCCACCAUCACUCCGCGCGAGGACGCGCUGCUCGUUCGCACCGAGAUCGCCGCUGCCAUUGUCAAGCGCGAUGCGGCCUACGUCUUCCCCUGUCGGCGGGACCGCGACACGGCGCGCUUGGCGCAGGCAGUGUUAGACCACGUAGCUGAGGCGUCGCCGCUGCCCUUCGAGCUGCGCGUGCUGGAGGCGCUCCUGGACGAGACGGCGCGCCAAUUCGAGCGGCGGCACCGGCGGCUGGAGCUGCUGAGCGUGUCCAUCGAGGAGGACAUCUCCAAGAACCUGCGCAACAUCGGCUCUGACCUGCAGCGCCUGCUGCCCAUCCAGCGGGCGCUGACGGAGAUACAGCACGAUGUGAAGGAGGUGCGCGAGGCGAUCCAAGAGGUGGUGGACAACGACAAGGCGCUGGCGGCAAUCUGCCUGAGUGAUGCCCCGGAAGAAUAUGAGCCGGGGAUGGCGGCGGGGGGCCGGCAGACGCCGAGCAUGCGGCUGGCAGCCGCGCUCCUGGGAAGCUACGAGCGCCAGAUCCAGUCCGUGGAGGGCUCCCUCAGGGAGAUGGCGGAGAACCUGGAGGUGUUCCGGGAGGUCUGGAGCAUGCACCUGAGCGCGACGCGCAACCGCAUCAUCCGCAUCAACCUAGUUGUGACCGUGGCCGCAUUCGCGCUCUCCAUCUGCAUCGUGCCCGCCUCCUUCUUCGGCAUGAACCUCCCCCACGGCCUCGAGGACGACCCGGCGGUGUUCUGGCCGAUAGUGGCGGUGUCGAGCGCGGCGUCGGUGGCGAUGUUUGGCGCGGUGUACGGCUACUGGCGUUUCUGGCCCAACCGGCGCCACGAGAAGCGCGUGCUGGAUCUCAAGGCACUGCGCGAUCUGCUGCUGUACCACGUGGACGACCUCGAAGAUAUCAUGGCCGCCCUCAAGUCCCGCCACGACUCAGACCUCCAGUCCUCCAGCGAGACAGGCAUCGACCAGCAGGAGUUUGCCACCCUCGUCCGCCAGGUCAUCAAGAACCGCGAGGUGCGGAGGGACGAGCUGGAUCUGCUGUACAGGGUGUUUGACACCAACAGGAAUGGAUUUCUGGAGUUGGGCGAGGUGGUCAAGCACCAGGAGCACUUGGACAAGUCCUAUGCCACAGACCAGGCCAUCGCCCGCGCGGCCACGGCAUUAUUUUGA